AUGGUGCUGGUGUGCAGGCCGUGGCCCGCCAUGGCCAUCGUGCUGCUGGCCCUGCUCGCCUGCCUGGGGGCGCUGGCCGACGCCUACCCCGCCAAACCCGAGGCUCCGGGCGAAGGCGCCUCGCCCGAGGAGCUGAGCCGCUACUACGCCUCGCUGCGCCACUACCUCAACCUGGUCACCCGGCAGCGGUAUGGGAAACGGGACAGCCCCGAAGCUCUCCUCUCGAAACUGCUCUUCCCCGACGGCGAGGACCGCCCGCUCAAGUCGCGGUAA